AUCCAGGCAGCAGCAACAGCUAGAGGAGAGGCACCAGAGGGCUCAGCAAGGUGCGACGCAGACUGAUGGACACUAUAAGGACAGCUCUGAUCCCUACCAAGUAACUGCACCUCCCACUGCAACCUCCAUCUUAUGCAACAGUGUCUGCUGCACUGCCGGCAAAAAAUCGCAUCAGGGCACCUUCUUGUAUAUUGUAACCUCUCCAGCACAUCAGGUGUGACGCCUUCACUUCGAGUGCUGCUUCCAGCAGAGUCCGGCGCAACCAGCAAAAGAUCUGCAGCAUUGGCACCGACCCGGCGCUACAGGGGCACCCACUGGCAGCUCAGCACUUCCCUUUCCCUGCCUGUAUCUCCCCAGGGACUGCACCCACAUCAGCCCCGGCAAGCCCUGCUCACCCCCACCCUGAUAUCUGCACUUACACCCAGUACAUGCACUGCCAGCCAUGCCCUAACCUCUGUGCAAUUAUCAGCAUCACUCCGCACUAAUCCCGAGUUGCAGCUACUUGCCUCCCAGACCUGGCACCGCGUCCUCCCUGCGCACUGUGCGAUCUGUCGGUGCCAACAGGCACUGCAACUACUGCGCUCCCCUCACCCGGUGCCCCUUCUCCUGCAGUCGCACCCACUGCACCUCGACUCUGUGCCUCAGGGGACCCAUCAGGGCUAAGGGAGUGCCAGGCUGCUGGUGUAGCAGGUGCUAGAAUAGCUGCAGCCGCACCGCUUCACCCUUUCCUGCUCUUUCCACCUCCUUUCUUGUGAUUGGUAUCGGCCAUGGAGUGCUUAAGGCAUCUCCCUCAGCAGCUGUGCUAAGGCUUUGGCAUAGGGAUCAUGGAUACUUGUAUAUUGCUUUUUACUCAUCUGAAAAGUAACGCUGCUGUCAAUGGAGGAGGACAUAGAUACCCGCAAAAUCAACAGCAGUUUCCUGCGCGAUCACAGCUAUGCAACUGAAGCUGACAUUAUCUCGACAGUAGAGUUCAACAGCACCGGAGAAUUGCUGGCGACUGGGGACAAGGGGGGGCGUGUUGUAAUAUUUCAGCGCGAGCAGGAGAACAAGAAUCAGCCUCAUCGGAGGGGAGAGUACAAUGUUUACAGCACUUUCCAGAGCCACGAGCCGGAGUUCGAUUACCUGAAAAGCUUAGAAAUAGAAGAAAAGAUAAACAAGAUUAGAUGGCUUCCUCAGCAGAAUGCUGCUUACUUCCUGCUGUCUACCAAUGAUAAAACGGUGAAACUAUGGAAAGUUAGUGAGAGAGACAAGCGACCGGAGGGCUAUAACCUAAAAGAUGAAGAUGGAAGGAUACGUGACCCAUGCACAAUUACUUCACUCAGAGUACCUGUGUUGAGGCCAAUGGAUUUGAUGGUUGAGGCUACACCUAGAAGAGUAUUUUCCAAUGCCCACACAUAUCACAUAAACUCCAUAUCUGUGAACAGCGACUAUGAAACCUACAUGUCAGCAGAUGACCUGAGAAUAAACUUGUGGAACCUUGAAAUAACAAAUCGAAGUUUUAAUAUUGUGGAUAUUAAACCAACAAAUAUGGAAGAACUUACAGAAGUGAUUACAGCAGCAGAGUUCCAUCCACAUAAUUGCAACACAUUUGUAUACAGCAGCAGUAAAGGGACAAUACGGCUGUGCGACAUGCGCUCCUCCGCUCUGUGCGACAGGCAUUCUAAAUUGUUUGAAGAGCCCGAGGAUCCCAGCAACAGGUCAUUUUUUUCUGAAAUCAUUUCUUCUAUAUCGGAUGUGAAGUUUAACCACAGUGGGCGGUAUAUUAUGACCAGAGAUUAUUUGACUGUAAAAGUGUGGGACCUGAAUAUGGAGAACAGACCCAUAGAAACAUACCAGGUUCAUGAUUACCUCCGCAGUAAACUAUGCUCGCUCUAUGAAAAUGACUGCAUUUUUGACAAAUUUGAAUGUGUAUGGAAUGGCUCCGACAGUGUCAUCAUGACUGGCUCUUACAACAACUUCUUCAGAAUGUUUGAUCGCAACACCAAACGGGAUGUCACAUUGGAGGCCUCCAGAGAAAACAGCAAGCCAAGGGCAAUCCUCAAACCGCGCAAAGUCUGUGUAGGAGGGAAAAGAAGAAAAGAUGAAAUUAGUGUGGACAGUCUGGACUUUAGCAAAAAAAUUCUACAUACGGCUUGGCACCCUUCAGAAAAUAUCAUUGCAGUGGCGGCCACAAAUAACCUGUAUAUAUUUCAGGACAAGGUUAACUAGAAAGCUGUAACUGAAAUACUAGGAACAACACAUUUUAAGGCUUUUUUAAUAUUUUUCCCUGCUCCCCAUUUCUAAUACCCUGUUUAUUUAUUUUUGUCUGAUUCGACAAAUUCUUCCUCGGUUCAAGGAUAGAUAAACUUGCUUCUUAAAUUCCCAGUAACCUCUAUUCUGACUGAUGAUAUACAGACUUUUUUUUUUUUGUUGAUUUGAUCUUUUGGCUAUUUUUGCCCCUUUUUUUUGGAGGCCUUCGCUGCAUCAGAGUUUUGAGACUUUACUGUAAUGAUUUGCGCUCUCGGCCUGGUAUGCAGCUGGAAGGUGUUAGGAACUUUGGAGAAACCAAAAGUGGGUUGUCAAUAAUAUUUCUUUUUAAUUGUUAACUGAAUUUUUAAUAAAAUAUGGACAUUUAAAUUCUGUG